GGGCAGACGACGUCGUCUAAUUGUCUGCAGGCAAAGAUGGCGGUGCGGAAGAAAGACGGCGGCCCGAAUGUAAAAUAUUUCGAAGCAUCCGAUACAGUCUCUCAGUUUGACAAUGUGCGCGUCUGGCUGGGAAAGAAUUACAAAAAGUACAUCCAAGCAGAACCUCCCACCAACAAGUCCCUGUCCAGUCUAGUGGUCCAGUUGCUCCAAUUCCAAGAGGAGGUGUUUGGCCGACAUGUCAGCAACCCCCCACUCACCAAACUGCCUAUGAAAUGUUUCCUGGACUUCAAGGCGGGAGGCGCCCUUUGCCACAUCCUGGCAGCUGCCUACAAGUUCAAGAGUGACCAAGGAUGGCGCAGGUUCGACUUCCAGAAUCCAUCCAGGAUGGACCGCAAUGUGGAGAUGUUCAUGACCAUUGAGAAGUCCUUAGUGCAGAAUAACUGCUUGAGCAGACCAGUCAUAUACUUGAGUAGUGACAUCGAAGUAAAACUGCUGGGGAAGCUGAAAGAUAUCAUCAAGAGACAUCAGGGCUCAGUAACUGAAGACAAAAGCUCCAGCUCCCAUGUUGUUGUUCCUCUUCCCAGCAGCUUGGAGGAAGAGGAGUGGGUUCGUCCUGUGAUGAAGAGGGACAAGCAAGUGCUCCUCCACUGGGGGUAUUUUCCUGACAGCUACGACACCUGGAUCCCCGCCAGUGAAGUUGAGGCCUCUGUGGAGGACGCUCCCAGCCCGGAGAAGCCCAGGAAGGUCCACGCAAAGUGGAUUCUAGACCUGGACCAGUACAACGAGUGGAUGAACGAGGAGGACUAUGAAGUGGGAGAAGCUUGCCCCAAGAGGAAGAAGAUAUCGGCCAAGACACUUACGGACGAGGUGACCACUCCUGACGAACGGAGAGACAAGAAGCCCGUCGGUGCCAAGAAGAGGAAGCGCUCACCGUCGCCAUCUCCUACGCCGCCUCCUCAGGAGAGCAAGAAGAAGAACGCCAAGAAAGCGCCGACCACGCCGUACACCAAAUCCAAGCGGGGCCAGAGGGAAGAGGAGCAGGAGGACCUGACCAAGGACAUGGAUGAAGCAUCGCCUGUCCCAGCAUCCGAAGAUGGAAAUCCAGCCAAGACGACCAACAGCGCCAAGAAGGACACAGAUUCAACCCCAGUCAAGGGAGGAACAGAUAUGGAAGAACAAGAGGAUGAGGCAAUGGAAGUAGCAGGAAAGGAGGAGGAAGAAGGCUCCCCCAGUGUGAAAGGAGAACCGGUGAAAGGCUCGGACCUGCAUGAGGACAACGUGACAGAGCAGACGCAUCACAUCAUCAUACCGAGCUACGCUGCCUGGUUUGACUACAACAGUGUUCAUGCCAUUGAGCGCAGAGCCCUUCCAGAGUUCUUCAAUGGCAAGAAUAAAUCCAAAACUCCAGAGAUCUACCUGGCAUACAGGAAUUUCAUGAUUGACACUUACCGACUCAACCCUCAAGAGUAUUUGACCUCCACAGCCUGCCGCAGGAACCUGGCCGGAGAUGUUUGUGCAAUCAUGAGAGUCCACGCCUUCCUGGAGCAGUGGGGACUGAUCAACUACCAGGUGGACUCCGAGAGCCGCCCCACACCUAUGGGCCCCCCGCCCACCUCCCAUUUCCAUGUCCUUGCAGACACCCCAUCCAGUCUGGUACCCCUGCAGCCUAAGACGUCCCAGGUGCGUGCACGGACACCUGAGAGCACACACAUACAUCAUUUGCCUGCUCGGUUUGAGCGUGUGUGUGCUGUGCAGACACCUGCGGCCCAGCAGAUGAUGUCCUUCCCAGAUAAGGUGAAGGAUAAACCAACAGACCUGCAGAACUUUGGGCUGAGAACUGACAUGUACAGCAAGAAAAUCAGCUCGUCCAAGAGCAAGAGUGCAUCCAGCUCUAUGAGGGAAUGGACAGAACAGGAAACACUUCUGCUACUGGAGGGACUGGAGAUGUACAAGGAUGACUGGAACAAAGUGUCGGAGCACGUGGGCAGCCGUACGCAGGAUGAGUGUAUCCUGCACUUCCUGCGUCUGCCCAUUGAAGACCCCUACCUGGAGGAGAGCUACUCGUCCCUGGGACCACUGGCCUACCAGCCGGUGCCUUUCAGUCAGGCCGGAAACCCCGUCAUGAGCACAGUGGCCUUCCUGGCCUCCGUGGUGGACCCUCGCGUGGCCUCGGCGGCAGCUAAGUCCGCUCUGGAGGAGUUUUCUCGUAUGAAAGAGGAGGUCCCCUCUGCCCUCGUGGAGGCUCACGUGCGGCGGGUGGAGGAGGCAGCGAGGGUCAGCGGGCGGCCGGACCCGCUGUACGGGCUGGAGGGUAGCGGCAUCGCUGGCACGGGCCUGGAGGAGGGCGAGAGACCCGACGAAAGCAGCGAGGAAACUAAGAGUGACAGCCAGUCCACUGAGGAGAAGAAGGAGGCCAAGGAUGGCAAAGACGGAGCCACUGAGGAGGAAGACAAGGUGGCGGAGAACGGGAAGAAAGAAGAGGAGCGAGGACGAGAAGCUGAAGGCGAGAGAGAGACGGACAAAGCCGAGUCUGACAUGGGUGAGGCUGACAAGAAGGAUGGCAAGGAGGGAGCAGAGGAAGGACACAGAGAAGAAGCAGACAGUGAGGGGGAAAAGAAGGCCAAGGUGGAGCGGGAUGUGGGGGAGGGGAACCUGGCCACCGCUGCAGCAUCGGCAUUGGCGGCGGCGGCGGUGAAAGCCAAGCACCUGGCUGCCGUGGAGGAACGCAAGAUCAAGUCUCUGGUGGCGCUCCUGGUGGAGACCCAGAUGAAAAAGCUGGAGAUCAAACUGCGGCACUUCGAGGAACUGGAAACCAUCAUGGACAGAGAGAGAGAGGCUCUGGAGUACCAGCGUCAGCAGCUGCUGGCCGACCGCCAGUCCUUCCACAUGGAGCAGCUGAAGUACGCCGAGAUGAGAGCUCGCCAGCAGCACUUCCAGCAGAUCCAGCAUCAGCAGCACAGCCAGACCGGCGCCGCCCAUCCCGGCCAGGCUACAUCAGGCCCGCCCCCUCCGGGCUCGGCCUCGGCUCAGCAGGCCAGCAGCACGCCAGCGGCGCAGCCCGCCCCCGUCCCCGCGGCGCCGGCCUCAACGGGCCCCCCUCCUGAGGCUCAACCGCCCACGGGCGCCCAUGCGUCGCCCCCUUGCCCCGCCGGCUCUGGCGGCGCUCCUGCUCUCCACGGCCAGUGAGCAGCACCCUGACGUGGAUCUGCGUCCUCCAUCCAUCCGUUUAUAGCACUUCAUCCUUAUGGAUCAUUCCUGUCAAUAUCACGUCCCAACCCUCACUAUCGUGGAAAUAUUCAUAUGGAAGCAAAAAGAAGCACUUUGAAUCUUUCCAAGCAUCCAUGGAAUUCAACUUAAGCACUUAAAUCCAAAAGUCCUCUUAUGCUCUCCUCGCUGGUGGGGUUCAGUCCACCCUACCAUCUUCAUCUUCAUCAGCAGCCUUCCUUUCUGCAAGGAAUCAGUCAUCUGGCCUUGCAUCGCUAAGCCAAAAUGUUUUUUUUAAUCAUCCCAUUCGUGUUUGGGACAUCCAGACGUGCUUAAAGAUACAAGAUGGAGGACAACCAAGGAGUCUUCUUUCAUGUCGGAAGCAACUUUUGAUACAUCUUCUUUCAUAUCAACAUUGGAACUGAAUAAUGUUCACUUUCUAGCCUCUAUUUAGCCUUGGUGUGCGUGUGCGCGUGUCAACUCUACUCCCAUACUUUCCUUUUUGGUGCCAUUGUGUAAACGCGUGCGUGGGCGCAUCACGUGAUGAAGUAUAAUCCUGUGAAAAGGUUUUUGUCAGUAUUUCAUCCUGGCCUCGCUGUGUUCCAACUUUCAUUGUGAAAGCAAAUGUUGACCUCCUGUAUGUUUUUCACCUUGAAAUGAUGAUGAUGAUGAAAUGAUGAAAGAAAACAACAAACGUCCCAACAAAUCAUCAAGUUUGCUUUUCAGUUGAAAAAAUGCCAACAAGGUUGAGGUUUUAAUGACACAUUGUCAUGGGGGAAUAAAAGAUGUGGACCAAAAGAUGUGCAUUUUCUACCUUAAUGUUCUAUAUAUUCUCUUAAGAUUGUUUUGUAAAACGUGCUGAUCAUGAUCGUUCUUGGAUGUACAGGGCCCGAGUUGGCAUUCUAUUCAUGUAAUGACGCAGAGUGAUCGGUAGAUGACGGUAGAGUCCAUGGUGAAGAAAUGCCCCCUUGCGUCUGUCCUUGGUUACUACACCCAUUCGCACCCUAAAAGACAAUCAUCGGACAUCCUUGCACACUGUAAAUGACUAACCCUAACCCAUAAAGUUAGAUUUUGUUUUGGGACUUUUUAAAGCUGAUGAAUUUGAUCCAAUGUAUUGAUAUGUCAGUAUGGAUUAUGACAAAUAUUUCUUUUUUUGCCAAGAAUAAUGCUACAUAACAAGGCAGCAGUAAACAUUUCUAUACAGUCAAAUAUAUAUAAAUAUAUAUACACUGUACUUAGAGGACGUUUAAGUCAUAGCCAAAAAUGCAUUCAAAACAUUUCAAAAUCAUUAAAAAUGUUGCCCUCGUGGAAUAUUUA